AUGGUUACGCUUGCCCCUAUCCAUUGCAGAAGCAAACUUGCUGUGUCGAAGAUUUGCUCACGACCUACCCGUCAAGGAAUUGUCUACGUGAACGCAUGUGCCAUUGGAAGAGAUCUUGACUAUUGGGAAAAACCAGAAGAAUUCUUGCCUGAGAGAUUCAUGGGUAGUUCCGUUGACUACAAGGGGCAAGAUUCCGAAUUGAUUCCAUUUGGGGCAGGUCGAAGAGGUUGUCCCGGGAUGUAUGUCGGAGUUGUGACUGUGGAACUUGCACUUGCUAAUCUUCUCUACUCUUUUGAGUGGGAACUACCUACUGGUAUGAAGAAGGAAGACAUUGACACAGAUGUUUUACCUGGUAUUACUAUGCAUAAGAAAAAUGCACUUUGUCUUUUGGCUAAGAAAAUUGAUGGGUACAACCACGAAUUCACCAGUAGUAAUUCAAUUUCAGCAUUUUCGACAAACCACCAAGAGCACACCCACAAGCAGGAAAAGAGAGUGGUGAUACUGAAAAGCGCAACUUGUGAAUUGGGCGAAACAAACAAUAAGGAAGAGAGGGAUGCAAUAGCCCAACAGAGACACACCACAAUCGAGGUGUCUCUAGUUUGGAGGUACGACGAUGAAGAUUGUGAAAGGAGUAAGUUUCAUGGCCUCCUUCAAGAAGCUCAGGCCGUGCUAGCAAGCUUCUUCGUCUCAGAUUAUUUUCCUUUUCUUGGUUGGGUAGAUAAACUCAAUGGCAUGUCAAGCAGGGCCGAUAAAAUUUUCAAGGAAAUGGAUUUGUUCUACCAAGAAAUCACCGAUGAGCGCAUGCAAGAAGAGAGCAGUAAGUCCGAGCAGGAGGAUAUUCUUGAUGUCUUACUUCAGCUGCAGAAGGUUCACUCGUUUACAAUUGAUCUCACUUUAGAUCAUAUUAAAGCAGUGCUCAUGAACAUAUUUAUGGCUGGAACAGACACUAGUGCUGCCACUUUGGUUUGGGCGAUGACAGGGCUAAUGAAACAUCCUAGAACUAUGAAGAGAGUGCAAGAAGAAAUUAGACAUGCAAGUGUAGAGAGAGGUAUGGUUAAAGAAGAUGAUCUUCAUAAACUUCCUUAUCUCAAGGCAGUGGUGAAGGAGACACUGAGAUUGCACCCUCCAUCUCCAUUGCUGCUUCCACACGAAACAACGAAAAAAUGCAACAUAAAUGGGUAUGAGAUUCCACCCAAAACUUGUGUCUACGUGAAUGCGUGGGCCGUUGGAAGAGAUCCUGAAUCUUGGGAACAUCCAGAAGAAUUCUUGCCUGAGAGAUUCAUGGAUAGUUGUAUUGACUACAAGGGACAAGAUUUCGAAUUCAUUCCAUUUGGGGCGGGUCGAAGAGGUUGCCCCGGGAUUUAUCUCGGAGCUCUGACUGUGGAGCUUGCACUUGCUAAUCUGCUCAAUUCUUUUGAUUGGGAACUACCUCCUGGUAUGAAGAAGGAAGACAUCGACAUGGAUGUUUUACCUGGAAUCACUAUGCAUAAGAAAAAUGCACUUUGCCUUCUGGCUAAGAAAUAUCAUGGGCAUGUAUAUCAAUAAAUGAUAUAUGCAAAUUAACAAUAGGUGCACACGUGUUGCAGUACGCGUCCUGUACCACAGAGGAUCCAGAUUCGUAGUGCAGUUAGUUUAGUUAUAUAUAUCUUAUGUUACAGAAUGAGAGAUUGAAACAUUCUGAAAUAGUAUUCACAUGGUUGAAUUUAAGUAGUUGUGAAAAAUUAUGAAAUAUUGUGUUUGGAUAAGUUA